AUGACCAGGAGUGGUAAGACGACAGGACCCAACAUAUCGGACUCACCACCGAUCACUGAAAAGUUCCCGACUGAUACACCGGACGAGGUGCAAGAUAGGCUGCGCCCAACAAGUACAACACAAGUCCAGGAGCCAGUCAAAGAUUACACUCCUCCAGUCCCAUACCCUGGCCGGCUGAAGAAACAGAAAAAUGAAGAACAAUACAAUAAGUUCCUUGAAAUGUUUAAGCAAUUGCCUAUAAACAUACCGUUUGUUGAAGCCUUGGCCCAGAUGUCGAAGUAUGUGAAGUUCUUGAAGGACAUCCUCUCGAAUAAGCAGAAGCUUGACUAUGUGUCCUGUGUGGUGAUGAACGAAAGCUGUUCCACCAUUCUUCAAAAUCGUCUACCUACAAAAAUGGGAGAUCCUGGCAGUUUCACGCUUCCUUGUUUGAUCGGAAAUAUGUCUGUUAGCCAUGCAUUGGCUGAUUUGGGAGCGAGUAUCAACCUUAUGCCCUAUAAGGUUUUUACAAAGUUGGAUCUAGGUGAGCCGUCACCUACACGUAUGAGUAUUCGACUUGCAGACCGUUCUAUCAAGUAUCCACGUGGAUUUGUUGAAAAUAUGCUUGUUAAGAUCGACAAGUUUGUGUUUCCAGUGGAUUUUGUUAUCCUAGAUAUGGAUGGGGACUCUGGGUGCCUUUGA